AUGAAGCACCUAGCUCCUAAAAAGAGUAAAAGUGUUGCUCUUAAAGUGGUUGACAAAGAAGAUGGUGAACACCAAUCGGAAGAAUUCAAUAGAGAGGAAUUUGCUGAUCUUUUAGGACAAUUCAAGAAGUUCAUUGAGAAGAAAAACACUAAAGAGAGAGUCAAGUGCUUUGAAUGCGAAGGUGACAGUGACUCAGAAUCGAGAAGUGAAGAAAAUACCAUUGCGUUAAUCACCACAAUCAACUUGGAUGAGGCAUUGCAAAACAAUGUGAAUGAUGGAGAACCAAAUAUUGACCAUGUGCUGGAAAAGUAUGAUGAUCUGUUGGCUGUCUCUAAGAAAAUCAACAAACAUAAUAUAGAGCUUGCAAAAAGAGUUGUUGUGCUGGAGAUUGAAAACAGUAGGAAUGCCAAGAUGUUGCAAUCCUCUGAUGCUGGACCUGAAAUAAAAGUUGACAAAAUGAUUAGCAUGAGUCAAAGAGAUGGAGACAAACGUGGCCUAGGAUUUGAUUCAAUCAACAAGUCUCCCGCUAUAUCUGUCACAAAGUUUUUCAGAUCAUCACUUCCUACUGGUGCUCCAACUUCUCAAACAACUUGGAGAUUUAUACCCACGUGUCAUUUUUGCGGAGCUCUUUGGCACAUCUGA